AUGCCUCCGAAAAACGCGCACACCGGCAGCCAAGAAUCGAGCGGCUGCUCCGAGUCCGAGAUCAGAGAAGUACGUGCGACAAGGUCGCGUAAGGGAAAGGCCGCCGGCUCUAACAAAAAAAGGCAACGACGGGCGGUGGAGGAUGACAAGGGAAAGACCAUGGAAGUCGCUGACGGUGCAGCCAGCACGCCUGCUGAACUCCCUCAGCCCGACGAUUUGGUGGCGGCGUUGGAGAAGAAUUAUCACAAAGUCGAAUAUCGUAACGUGGAGCUCAAGAACCAUCGCGACGUGGUCAGCACAGUCGACAAGAAGGAUCUCGCCUCCAUCGCGGACAACACAUGGGUGACUGACGGGGCGAUAGACUUUCACAACGUGUCACAGGAGGAUCCGAUGCCCUCUCUUUAUGCCGACUUUCCAAUAUGUCCGGCGUGUGUUUCCAGGCUACUAAGCAUCCGAGUGCCGAAACUGUCAAACGGGAAGACAUGGGCGGCUGUCGAUUGCAACAACUUCGCGAACACCACUGAGCACAAUACUCCCGUCAAUGCUGGAAACGGCCUGCCUCUCCUUGAGCACGACUACCUGGCGGUGCCUGUCUACAGGGGGCAGUUGAGGCUACCCGGUGUGCGGAUUCUUUGUGUGCAGGCGAACCACAUCCCUAAGCAAGAGAAUGGUUUUGACUGCGGAGUCUUCAUCUGCCACUACUUGGAAGUUUUGGUCUACUCCGACUUCGCCAACUUGAAGAGUGGCCUGUGGUUCAAAGGGGUCAGCGCGCUGCAGUACCGCCGCAACAUGCGCGCUGAUAUAUGCGCACACGCUAUGGGGGAGUUGCUCCGGAGGCUAGAGGAAGAUGGCGUGGAUGUUCCUUCUCAGGAAAGCGGCACCACCACCAACACGACUUUGAAGGAGGGUGCAGAGGACGGACAACACACAGAGCAAAGACGUGUGGACCGACUCGAGGCGGAGGUGUGCUCCUUGAAGCGCGAGGUCGGUGCGAUGACUGCAGGAUUCGCCGCAAUUGGGCAGGUGCUUGGGAUGUCGAGGGAGGAGCUGAUCUCUGCCGGCGAAAACAUGCUGCAGAAGCCUGCCUGCGCUGUGCAGGGAGCGGGAGGUAAUGAUCCGCGCAAGCACGGCCCAACCACUCCUGUACGGCCUUCAGGAUACACGAAGCAGCUGAACGACAGCCCUGACGAGGAUCUGGUGGGCUCCAACACGAGAGUGUCGCUCGACAGCAAGUUCGCGUCAGCCGUUGGAGCGUACCCCUGCUUCCCGGCACAUCUGCCGAUCCCCGGGACGGUUCCACACUGGCUGUUGUCGCGCCAGCAGGGAGCUGCGGUUUCACUAGUCCAGCCAUCCUAUCCUGUUUACGGCAUCGCGCAGAGCGGUGCGGGCGCACACCCCGGCUUCACAGCUGUGCCUAAGCAGGAGCCCUUGGCCGGAGGAGAGGAUUCUGACGAGGACGGAGAGGGGGAGACCGAGCCAGGAACAAAGCCGACCAAGUACACCGGGGUGUAUGUGGAGAACGAUACAGGCAAGUUUGGGGUGAAGGUUGUCGCCAAGGACAAGGACGGAAAGAAGGUAACGAAGAGAGUCGGCGCUUACACCACGAUAGAGGAGGCAGCGUAUUGCUACGCGGCAGCAGCCCACGUGCUGAGGCCAGGCAUGGGCACCAGGAACUCUGUGGCUUUAACACCGGCGGAUAGGGCAGCUUUGAAGGGGUGCACUCCUGAAGUCCUAAAAGUCCUGGUGGAUGCCCGCAUGUGGUGGCGCUGGAGGGUAUGGAGGGAGGCGUACGAAGGUGUGAUGCGGAAGGCAGCGCGGGCCAAGAAGAAUGCAACGCCUGCUAAAAGGGGGAGACCGCGAAAGGAGAGUGGUGCGCAGGGUGGUGGCACGGCAGGAGAGGGUGAAGGAGAGAAGGCUGGAAGUGAGGACACUGAGAUCGUUGCCAUCGAACCAACCAACAGCAGGGCGCUUGGGAGGCUCCGCAGUGCCGAUGCAAAGUCCAUGGAUGACAAGACAGAUGAAGCUGGUCGUGGGAGGCAAGUAGGCAAGCAAGCGGCGGAGAGUGACUCACCGGAUUCGCGUUCCAAGAGCGACGUUGAUCCGCGUCUGGCUCUCCGGAAUCGAGGCGAGGACGUUGACGGGGGCGACCAGGCACGCAUCGAGAGCGACGUCAACGCUUUCGAAGAGGAGGAUGACGAGGAUGUGGGGGAUGCGAUGCGCGCGAUGUUCGAAACCAAUAGGAACCGCGAGAACGCUGAUGUCCCAACCAAUGGAGAGGAGCUGAUGUCCCAACCAAUGGAGAGGAGUCUGCAGGGGGAUGCCCUUUGGUGGAGCACUGUUCUCAUUCAGUGUUUGCGGUGGUUCCUGACUUGUGUGCAGCGACUAUGCGAGUUGGUCCGCGUGCAGCUGUUCCUGAAGAAGCCGGCCGCAACCAUGACUUUCUAUCCGAGCUCUGACGACAAGACUUAUGGCGUCUGCGCAGUGCUUGACCGCCUGCCGCAUAGCUUCGCGUGUCUCGCGCUGGCAGCGGACAAGUCCCGACGGGCGGACCUUAACAAGACACUCAGCGAGUGGAAGACAAGGGCUGCAGCACGGGUCCGGGACAUUGCGCUCCCGAAGCUUGGAUUCUUCCGGGACGAGCGCGACGAGGCAAGCCCGUGGGCAAGGGACAACGCACGGACGCUGGAGCAGAUUCGCGAGCGCAUUGGUCUCAGAGCGGAUGAGAGCGAUGAUCUGGUGUUGAGCAACUGGGCUAACGACCGCGACGGGAUGCCCUUUGCUUCUGCGGCGUUUGCGGCGUGCGCAAAGGCUGCCUUCAUUCCGAAGAAGGCUGCACUGCCGCUCACUUUGAAGGUGUACCACCUUGCGUGGCUAGAGCACGUGGUGUCCGACAGCAUCAUGUACUGGGAGCAGAGGAUGGGCCGUCUCUCUAACUCGGCGGGGGGGAACGGCCACGUGGUGAACGGGCUCAAGGUGCUUGUGAAGGGCUCCGUUUCACAGGCCAUCCGUCACUUCAAUCCAGAGUACGACGAGGAGAAAGAGGAGUGGAUAUGGGGACGCCAUGGCCUCCGCCUUUCUGCAUGUGGGCUUGAGAGCAUGAAGCCCAAUGCAGGCGCUAGCGGAGGAGACGCCGCCGGGAACGAUGUGCAGUCGGUGUCUGUCGGGGGUGUGUAG